ACCCCAGCCCUGGAGGCCGGGAUGCGGCAGGAGGUGCGGCUCCGCUCCAGCCGUCCUCCGGCCGUCCUCCAGCCGCCUCGGGACCGAAGCCCCACCCCCAACGCUCGCACAAGCCAUCCUGUUUAAGCUGAUCUCUUGGAACCCGUGGGAGAGAAAAGGCCAAGGUCUAACCACAAGGCAGUGGCAAGAAGGAUUAAAGUCAAGUUCUCUACUUCAGCUACUUGUGUCCUGUCUCAACCUUGAGAAAGGGUGAAGAGAAAAUGUGGCUCAGAAAUUUGAAAGUGCCAACACUAUCCUGUGAGCUCCUCCUAGACUGUAAGCUCUGUGAGACCUAUGUCAUUUACCUUAUGUCCUCCAGGCCUGCCUCAGAACCUUGCACACAUCAGGCUCUUAAAAAAUGUUGAAUGGUAUACUCUCUACAUUUCCCAAGGAAUAACAAAGCGAAGGACAACAUCCAGCCGUAUCAAUUGCACAAUCAUAAAUUAAAAUUUGUAUUUUUAGUAUUAAGGAUAUUAUUCUGGGAUAUUCAACUUGGAAAUGUAUUUGAGCUUCCGCAAAUACUGAACACCGUUCAAUCUAAAGUUGUUUUAGCUUUUCCGAACCUUUUAACUAAAGGGCAGAGAAGACUGGCUUUGCAAUACACAGCUGGGCUGUCAUAUUACACCGCCUCUCAGUUGUGAAGCUACCGCAGCAUUAAGCCCUCUUGAACAGGGCACAAACGUCUUCUCUACAAGAAUAAUCAGACACAAUGCACGUACACCAGCAACCGAAGAACCAAGUCUGUCCUGGGGCUUAGCCCACAAAUCUCCGGGGCCACGGGCCUGCGCAGUGCUCGCCGGGCGUUGUAGUUUCCUUCCCUCCUCUUUCUUCCUGCGAACUCGGCCGCCGUUGCGCCAGCGCCCCAAGUGGCGGGCAAGCUCUGUGAAGCGCAGCGUACGCCGCGGCGCGGAGCGUUUCCUAGCAACGGGGGAGCGGCAACGUCACGGCGGUGGGUUCUUAGCGCAGCUGCCCCUUGUAGAGCGGCUGUGUGUACCUUCCAGCACCUGCGGUCUGCAGGGAGCGCUUCUCACAGCCUGGUGCGCACGUCUUCGUCGGUCCUUGUCCGCUUUAUCCUGCCCCAGGACGCGGAGAGCAGCCUGCCGCCGCGACCCCUCCUCUGAGGUCCCGGCCCGAGGCUAGAGGCAGUCCGGCCGGUUCUCGCCGGCCCUCGCCCCCCGCGCCCCUGGAGCCAGCCAGCCGCCCGCGGCCUCGGCGGGACGAUGCUGGAGUCCAUUCGCGUGACGGAAAAGCUUCACUGGCCUGAGCAAGAACUUGCUAAGAAGUCUGUCCUAAAUGCAGAAGAGUCAUUGAUCACUGACAGCAAAAGAAGCAUUUCACAUUUAUCUACUGGGAUACUAAAGGACAUUUUCACAACUGGAACCAGUAGUUACAAUGUUCUGCUACAGAGCAAAGAGGAGAAAAAGCAUCAUUCACAAAAACAGCCUUCCUCCACCUACUCCAAAAGAUGUAGAAAGCCCAGCAAAUCUCCUAGUUCUUCUCGUAGUAAAGAUCUUCGCAAGAUGAAAGCCCCAGUGCCUGUGAUGAGCAGUGGUACUUGGUACUGCCUAGAAAGGCAGCCUGGUGUCUUUGUCACUAGUUCAGUGUCGAGUCCUAUAAAGUUUACACAUGAUAUCUCUGUUACAGGGAGCAGCAUAGUACUGCCGCCUAAACCCAAAAACAAGGUAAAGCGACGCCAUUUCUCCACUCUGCCAAAGCCAAAGCCACAGCCUCAGCUGUCUAGAAGUUUUGAAAAGGGAGAUGACUUUUCUGGGAAGAAAUUUUGUAUACUGACUGCUAUAAAGCCCACCAACUUGGAGAAAGAAAAACUGAGAUUUUUCAAGUCUGACUAUACCUACAAUCCUCAGUUUGAAUAUGCAAAUCCAUCUCUGCCAAGUGUGUUGGCCAAACACAGCAAUGCAUCUGACCGAUUUCUUAAACAGUCCAUCAAUAUUAUGGAACUGACUUUACAGAAAUAUGGAAGUUAUGAAAAAUUUGAGCAAGCCACCGGUGGCAGCCUGCUAUCUAAAACUCGAAUCUGGAGUCACGUUAGGAAGUACAUGAUGAAAGAAGGCUGCAUGGGUGAGAUUGUAGUACAUCUCACUGAAGAUCUGCUUUCCCGAGCUUCGAUGACAGUGGUAAAUGGAUGUCCAACGCUGACCAUCAAUGUUUCCACUGCACGUGAGCACUGGCUGGAGGGAAUGCUGAGGCAUGAAAUAGGCACACAUUAUUUUCGAGGUAUUAACAACCUUCAGCAGCCAUGGAACAGUUGGACUGGUCGUAAAAAACAUGAGCUAAAGCCAAACAAUCCCACAGAAGAAGGACUGGCAAGUAUUCACAGUGUCCUUUUUAGAAAAGACCCCUUUUUAUGGAGGGCUGCCCUCCUCUACUACACUGUUUAUCGAGCCAGCCAAAUGUCUUUUUGUGAACUCUUCAAAGAUAUUGGAAAGUUUGUCAAAGACCCCAAUACAAGAUGGGAUUAUUGUGUACGAGCGAAGAGGGGAUGGACUGAUACUUCUCAACCAGGGUGCUUCAGUAAAGACCAGGUCUACUUGGAUGGCAUCCUGCAGAUCCUCCGGUACAGAGAGACCAUUGACUUUCAUCUACUGACUGCUCUGGGGAAGGUCUCUUAUGAAGAUGUGGAUCGCUUAAAAGGAUUGGCAGUUAUUGAAAACAUGAGGGUCCCUCAUUUCCUGCAGGACCAUGGCCGAUACAUGGAACAUUUAGAGAAGAUCAUGGAAGUGAAUGAAUUGACUGACAGGGAACUGAAAGACCUUAUAUAUUAAUCAGCAUUCUUGCAGACAUAGUGAAGCUAUACCUCUAUAUUAUAGUUAGGUGCAGUUAGCACCAGCAUAUUUAUAAAAGAUGAAUGUUUACAUGAGUUUUCUGAAGAAUGAUCUGCAGUAUUCAGCUGAAUUUUUAAAAGGUUAAGUACAAACCUUACACUGUUUCCCUAACAUGUUUCUAUAGGCUGCAGGGGGAAGUUCCUCCUAUUUUCAUCUGGAUCUCAACAGAGUCCGAUGAAAAUACUACUGGUGAGUGUUUUUGAAGAAUCUUGGUCAAACUGAGUAAUAAGCAUCUGCCUGAGCACCAAGACCAGCCCUGGCUAGAGACUGAAUUCCAGUCUUGUUUUAACUACAAGAUUAUAUUUUACUUGAUAAAUAAUGGUAAUUCUUUGAAAAAUUAGUUUUGUUAUGCUCCCAAAAGCUAGCUGCUUUUUUUUCUUUAUUUUACACAUUAUUGUUUCACCUGAUCAAUUUAUAGGAACUAAAUUAGAGAAUUACCUCAUUUUAUCUAGUUAUUCCCUAAACUUUAUUUGCUGAAACAAACUUUAUCCCUUCCAGAUUUUAACAAAGUUUUAGGGUCUUUCCCUCCCCAUUCCUGUAUAUAGAUGGUAAGUACAAGUGGUUUGUCUACAUAGACUAAAAUAGCUGGGGAAGAGAGAGAAGCUACUCACCUUUUUGUUAAAUGGAGUGACCAGCAAGACACAAAUACACUAAUGUAGUUUCUGUAGGAGCUGGAUGUUGACUAGGUAGCAUCUACCGUAAACUUGACCAUGCCCUGAAAAGUGGAAUUCCUGGACAUUGCCAUUUGGUAAACUGGUCUUGUGAUAUUGUCUGAGUAUAUUUUAUUUCAUCAAGCCAAUAAUGACAGUUUGACUUUGAAAAAUGAGAGUUCUGUUUUGCUACAUUUCCUCUGCUAAAAGCAUAUACCCCUAGCUUUGUAUAAUUUAUUGAUUUCAAUACAUACUUGGGUAUAUAUACUUGGAAUCAAAUAGUUCUUCAGACAGCUUAUUUUAAUGAUCAGGAAGAACACUGCUGUAAAUACCCCAUUCAAAAAUGCUACUGUAAUUUUUACCCAAAGCUAUCUGAGAGUUUAUCUUUACCUCAUUUCAGGCUUAAAUAUGGUGCUAACACUGGUAGAUGUAUACUGCAAAGCCUGGUCCACAUUCCUGCUAGGAAAUUAUUUUAGGAAAUUUUAUGCAGGCUAGGUUAUGUGAUUUUCUCAUUCACAUAUCUAGAAGGGCUUGCCUCCAAGAAGAAUGUUGCAGCAGACAGGAUGUAUUCUAACUGGCAUCUGGUGGUUCUCACAGAGCCACACAUGUCACUUUUGGUAAGUAGCAGGCCAGGCCCUUUGGAGCAUUAAACGUACCCACACAGUGCCAUGAUUGCUGGAGUGUGGCCUGCACAUUUCUGUGCAGAGCUGGGGCAUACACUGUGCCAACACUGACCAGAUACUGGAAAACCACUCUUGACCCCUCGAGCAUAUUUCCUUGUAGCAUAGUCCUCCAGUUUCAGCUUUGGUGUAGCAUUUUCUAACUUUGUCUUCAAACUUAUCAAAGGUGAUUGUGAAAACUGUGCAUUAUUAACUGGAAUUGAAGUAUAGACAAAUGGCAAUAUUUUACGUCCUGUGAUUUAAGCCCAAAUGCUUAUAAAUUCAAUAUUUGUAGGCAAUAACUGCUAAUCAUAUGUUACAGUUUAAAUAUAAAGGAAAAUCACAACAGCCUUAAUAUCCUGUUGGUCAAAGGAUUAUUUAUAGUGAUUCUAGUCCCUGAAUUUUAAAAUGGAUAUUCUGUAUCUGAGUUGGAAAAGGAAACACUUUCUUGCCUUACUGCUUCAGUGUAAAGACAAAAACCAGUGCUAUCCAGACAAAAAAAUGACCUUAAAUCACAUUGAUUGUCUUAAGCUAUUUUAAAAGUUAGCAAUGAACCAAAAAUUGUUGCAGAUUAGCAGAAUACUUAAAGAGCUCUAAACUUUAAAAGUUGGGAUUGAAGAUUUAAUUAAUGUUUAUUCUCUUUCCUGAAAUAGCACUAAGGUCAGUUUUGUUCCCUAAAAUUGAAGUUUUAAUAAAUAGAAAAUUUAUAGCAGCAGUACUUAGGAGAAUAGUUGAAGGUUGCAUUAAUUUUAAUAGUUACUUGCUGUAGGCUAUUGAGGAUUAGAAUUUCAUCAGUUUUGUCCACUGUAAUUCUAACAUAAUUGUAUCAAAUACAGUUAGGUUUUCACAUCAGAUGGGAUUCAGAGUGAAUUGUUUAUAAAUCCAUAGUCUCCAUUUCUUUACAUUUUCACCUUUGUAAAAAUGUUUAAGAUUUGUAUUGUUUGUUUUGUAUAUAUUUGGGCAUCUUAUGUUUAGCUGUAAUAGAAAUAAAUAGCACUGAAGUUCUCAAUGAAA